AUGGAUGUCGCCUACAUCGUCGGGCGCAACGGGAUCCUCACAUGGAGAAACAGCACGCUGCAGCUCAGCCUCUCCAAGGUGGAGAAGGCGGCGUCAGGCGCGGUUGCGUGCCAACUAAUGGACGCGGCGCAUCCCGGUGUCGUGCCGAUGCACAAGGUUAAUUUCGGCGCCAAGAUGGAAACAUGA